AUGACAAGUGUAACUUACUUUGACACUAUUACAAGAGACUUUUGUGAUGUGAUUAUAACUGAGGACGGCAUAGAUACAGUCACUUUCUUGGAAGCUGUUGAAGGGGUAAUUACGUUGUUUAAUAUGCUUGGAAGUUCGGCCUUUAAUGUCGUUCAAAAAGACAUGACCGGUAAUGUUAACAAAAUUAGAGCACGCUAUGAAACUGAUCGCAUAAAAAAUAAUACUCUUGAAAACUUGGUCAUUAACGAGCAAAAAGAAAAAAAACGUAUAGCUACUGAAGGUUUAUUAUGGUUAAAAAGAGGAUUAGAAUUUACCUCCGUGGCUUUACGUCGUUCGAUUAACCAGACUACCGAAGAACUUUCAGUUUCCUUCACAAAUGCAUAUGGUGUUACAUUGAAGCCAUUCCAUAGCUAUUUAGUUCGCCCUGUGUUCACGCUUGCCAUGAAAGCUUGCCCGUAUCGUGUUGAAUUUUUCAAGAAGCUUGGUGAUGAUCAAGCAAGAGUUAACGAACAAUAUGAAUGUUGGUUAUCUGCUCUCGAACGAAUUGUCGACAAGCUAAACUGUUUUUAUGAACAAGGUGGUCAUGAUAAAGGAUUUUAG